GUCUGAAACUGAUAGGGUAAAUCCCCAAUCUUGUCUAGCUGAGGAUUAAGACAAGAAUUAAAUUUCCCUCGUUUUUUUUGUGUUCGACCUUGAGCAUUUACUUCCUAACCUCAAUUACUUUUGUCUUCGAUUGAGGUUAUAUUGUUUUGUUAUGUUCCAACAAAGACAAGAACAGUCAAUAAAACCGUGAAAGAAUUUUUUUAACAUUUUAUGUUUUAAACAAAAUGGCAAAUGAUCGUGAAAUUUUAAGAGAAAUAUGGGAAGGCAAACUUCCUGUAUGCUUUACAUUAAAUCCAGAUGAAGUUUACGAACUUCAAGAACCUGAUCGUUUUUAUUUAAUGGUUCCUAGAAUAAGUUAUUUUCCUCUAGUAGUAGAUAAGGUAAGAAAACAUUUUAUGAGAUACAUUGCAAAUGAUAAACAAGAUCAAGAGAUGUGGUUGGAAUACAAUGGUCAAGCAUUGAAAUGGCACUAUCCCAUAGGAGUUCUUUUUGAUUUACUGGUAGAAUCAGAUUCUGAUUUACCAUGGAACAUUAUAGUGCAUUUUGAUAAAUUCCCAGAUACAAUAUUUAGAUUUAAUAACAAGGAGUUAGUAGAGUCCUACUUUAUGUCAUGCCUUAAAGAAGCAGAUGUGCUGAAACAUAGAGGUCAAGUCGUUAGUAGUAUGCAAAAGAAAGAUCACAAUCAGUUAUGGCAAGGAUUUCACAAUGAUAAGUUUGAUCAAUUCUGGGCAGUAAAUAGGAAAUUAAUGGAAAAAUCUGCUGAUCAAGACUAUUUUAAACACAUUCCAUUUAGAUGUUACUUUGAAGACAACUAUAAACAAAAGCUUGUAAAGCCAAUCACAGAAGACGGAAAAAAGAAGACUUUAAGUGAUCUACUACAAGAAGUUUAUCCUGAUAGACAAAAUGUCAUAGUACGCACACAUGGGGUGGAACCACCACUUGAAACGCCACUUCAGUGGAUGUCAGAACACCUUAGCUAUCCAGACAAUUUUUUGCAUCUUUGCAUUCAAUCAUAAAAUAGUAAAUGGGUCUUUAUACGAUGUUGAGUUUUGAUGCUAUACAUUUUUAACAAAUCAAAAAAAAUGUAAUUAUAUUUAGAUGAUUGUAUAUUUAUUGGAAUGCUGAAAAUUUACUUGCUAAAAGUUAUGAGGAGGCUUUUAUGAUUUUUUUAAAAGGCUUGGGAAAAGACCAAUAGGAAAAAGAUAUGACUGAAAAUGAAGCGAAAAUAAAACAGCGCAAUAUUAAAUUAAUAUUGCAUAUUUAUAUUCAGCUUUUAUAAAAACGAAUUUAAAAAUGGCAGGGUAGAGAUGCAAAAUACAGUCCAAACUAAACAAAAAUAUCUGAUUAAUUUUAUUACUGCAAUAGAAUUGUAUAUUUAUACAUAUAAUGAAUAUACAUUUAUCCAUAAAGUAAGUCUCAAAAUAUAGUUAAUGAAAUUAAUAAAUUUGAUUAAAUUUCCUUUUUAUAUUCUACAAAUUCUGUAGGCAAAUAUUUUGUAGUCUGGUUAAUUUUGUAAUUCGAGUUUUUUUUCAAUAUUUAGUAUUGUUUCAAUUGCCAUCCAAAAACCCAAUAUCGUAUAACUCAAAUAUUUCUAUUUUGUUUUCAGCGUCUAUCGUAAUAAGUACUAUAAUUAAUUUUGUUAGUCUUUUUUUAUUCAACAAUACAAUUAUAAACGAUCUCAGUAUUACGUUCAAAUAAAUU